AAAGCUUUGAAACAUUUACUAUUUUCUGCAUAAAAAGUACAGACAUCUAAACUUAUUAUUGCAAAAAAAUAUCUGACAAUGGAUGACCUAACAAAAGAUCAAAUUGUUCUGCUGAAGAAAGCAUUCGAUGCUUUUGAUCACGAGAAAAAAGGAUGCAUUGGAACAGACAUGGUUGGAACUAUUCUUUCUAUGUUAGGAUAUGAACUAAGCGAAUCUACAUUAGCAGAAAUUAUCGCGGAAGUCGAUGAAGAUGGAUCCGGUGAAUUAGAAUUUGAAGAGUUUUGCACCCUGGCUGCCAGAUUUCUUGUCGAAGAAGAUACUGAAGCAAUGCAACAAGAGUUAAGAGAAGCUUUCCGAUUGUAUGAUAAAGAAGGAAAUGGUUACAUAACAACAGAUGUUUUUAGAGACAUUCUCCAUGAAUUAGAUGAUAAAUUAUCACCUGAAGAACUGGACCUGAUGAUUGAAGAAAUUGAUGCAGAUGGCUCUGGAACCCUUGACUUUGAUGAAUUUAUGGAAGUCAUGACAGGGGGUGAUGACUAAAUGUUGCAGCAGAGCAAACUUUCUAAAGAUUAUCAUAAUUAUACCAGAGUAUACGAAAAACAAAGGACCAAAUAAAUAUAAUGUUUAAAAAAGUGGCAAUGUUAAAAAUUAAAAUAAUAACGUGAUUUAAAUUGGAUUAAAUAUUUUAAACAUCAUAUGCAAAAUUGACUGUUGUUAAUCUAUCUGUUUUGGAUAUGAAAACAUUUUGAUUUAUCGCAUUGUCGUCGAACAUGAAGACAAUACAUAUAUAAUUACUCACACGUGUUUGCGGCUUGACACGACACGAAACAAAUGUUAUUUAUCGCAUCCUGUCGCUUUCAUAUAUAUCAAUUUAU